GUGUGUUUUUUUAUUAGUUGUCAGGCCUACCUCUUGUCUUUAUAUGGAUAAAAUGCUCUGAACUAUAUUUGGGCAUGCAGUUGCACAGGAUUUCAAGGAAUGUACGAGCAUCGCAGACGGCCGAGACGAAAGGCUAAUGCGCUCCUUACCGACUCCUCAGCUGCGCCGCUCCAAAUGCGCUAAGCUACUUGCGUAGACCAAACCGGACGGGCGGUUGCUCGGUUAAUGUAGGUUCUUUAUUACCCCCUGUUUAUGGACCUGUGACGGACAACAUAGAGACGGCAAGAUAUAUUGACGGGAAAUUACAAGACUCAUCUGUUUGUCUUUGUAACAAAAUUGGGAUUUUUGUUUUGGGGUGCGCCGUAAAGCCCGUUGACAAUCAUGUCCAGGAGGAAGGUGAGGGGGUUAACGCGGACGGGGCGGCAGGUGAGCGAGGACCCCGACAUUGAUAACUUGCUGUCGACACUGUCGCCCGAGGAGGUGGAGGAACUGGAGAAAGAAGUCAUGACCGUGCCUGACACAGACCCGAACGAGACGCUCGGCUUCACACCGGGAUGCAGGCUGGAAAAGCAACCGUCGUUAAACAAUAACACGGAGGCCAAGCAGGACCAGUGCGAGACCAAGCGACUUCCACGAAGAGAGCUGUCUGUCGAGGGGGAGCCGAAGAAGGAGAGCAGGAAGCAGGAGUACCUGAGGAAGAUGGGCCUGAGCCAGGAGGGCAGCCUCCCCAGGUCGGCCAGCCAAGAUGGCGGCCCCCAACGGCAGGGCAGCGUCUCCUCAGAGGGGGAGCACAACAAGAUGGAGGACAGGAACUGCCGGGAGCCGGGCGAUCUGAAGGAGAAUCGGCGCACCCCCCUGGAGAAGACCCGGCGGGAGGGGAUUCGGGACGGGGAGAAAGGGAACGAGAGAGAGGAGGAGAGCAAAAAGAAGGCGGAGAACAACAGCAAGACGAAAGAACUGAUCUCCAAACUGCAGGAGAAAAAGGAGGAGGGCAGAGAAAAGGAGAGGAGGGAGGAGGGGCGGAAGAGAGAGGAGGGAAAGACGAAGGAGCUGAUCUCCAGGCUGCAUGAGAAAAAAGAGAAGGAGGAAAGCAAGGAAAAGGAGAGAAAAGACGAGAUGAGGUGGAAGGAUGACAGGAAGACCAGAGGGCUGGUCUCCAGGCUGGAGGAGAAGCAGAGCCCGGGCAAGGAGGACAGGGCAGAGGUGAAGAAGGACAGAGUAGAGGGGAAAAGCAACAGCGAACAAUGGAACGAGUUGCAGGAGAGAGAGAGGGACAAGCCGUGUGAGAAGGAGGAGAAGGAGAAGGAGAAGAGAGAGAGGGAUGGAGGGAGGGAUAAAGAGAGCGAGAGGGGAGAGAGAAAGGCAGCGAGGGAGGAGAAAGAGAAGGAAGAGAAGGAGAAAAAACAGAAGGAAAAUACGAAAGAGAAAGAAAGAGAUGAGAAAGAGAGAGGGAAGGAUAGAGAAAAGGAGUCGGGGAAAGAGAAACCCUCAAGGCUCAGCACUACAGAGAAAGCAGGGAACGACCAGAGCCCGGUCAGCAAGCCCACGGAGGAAGAGGAGGAUGACGAAGCUAGCAGCAUGUUCGACGAGCUGUUGGAGCAGGUGCGCAGCAAUGACCCCGCCAUGACCGAGCUCAACGUCAACAACUCCGAGGUCAUCAAGGCCCAGACCCUCAUCCAGUUCGCCGAGGCGCUGAGGGACAACACGCACGUCAAGACGUUCGCCCUCGCCAACACGCGCGCGGACGACCACGUGGCCUACGCCAUCGCGGGAACGCUGCGCGCCAACAAGACCAUCGCCAGCGUCAACCUGGACUCCAACCACCUCACCAGCAAGGGCAUCAUGGCCCUGGUCCAGGCGCUGCAGCACAACGGCACGCUGGCCGAGCUGCGCUUCCACAACCAGCGCCACAUCUGCGGCGGGAAGACCGAGAUGGAGAUGGCCAAGGUGCUGAAGGACAACACCACCCUGCUCAAGCUGGGCUACCACUUCGAGCUGGCCGGCCCCCGCAUGACCGUCACCAACAUCCUGAGCCGCAACAUGGACCGGCAGCGGCAGCGGCGGCUGCAGGAGCAGAAGCAGGCCCAGGCCAACGGGGAGAAGAAAGGGGGAGGCGCUCUGGAGGUCCCCAAACCUGGCGGGGCCUUCCUCAGGGGGUCCCCCAGAGCCUCCCCCAAAGCCUCCCCACUGCCGUCCCCGCUGCCGUCGCCCAUCCCCUCGCCCAAGGUGACCCCUAAGCGCGGAGGAGGAAGAGGAGGAGGUGGAGUGGGAGGAGGAGGUGUGGGAGGCGGAGCCCCGCCCCCACCGGCCCCGCCCCCGCCACCUCCUGCGCCCCUGCUGGACGGAGACUUCCUGCGGAACUCCUUGUCUCCCGCGUCGCAGCGGAAGCUGGACGACAGGGGGGCGGGGCGAGGGGGCGGGAAGAACUCCAGGGACCAGCUGCUGGCAUCCAUCAGGAGCACCAACGUCAAACAGCUGAAAAAGGUCACCGUACCCAAGCUCCUGCAGUGAAAGGAAGGAAGGAAGGAGG